AUGCAAUACAAGAAAGCCAUUUUAACAACCGCUGUAGCUACCACAGCUUACGCUGCCUAUGCUCCAAGUGAGCCAUGGUCCACUUUAACACCAACCGCUACAUACAGUAACGGUGUUACCGACUACGCUUCUAGUUUCGGUAUCGCCGUCAACCCAAUUAGCACAAGCGCUGCUUCCGUUGCUAAGAGAGAUGCUAUUUCUCAAAUUGGCGAUGGCCAAAUUCAAGCUGCUACUAAGACUACAACCACUUUGAAGACUACUGCUGCUGCUGUCUCUCAAAUUGGUGAUGGUCAAAUUCAAGCUACUACUACCACAAAGAAGACCACUGCUGCUGCUGUCUCCCAAAUCGGUGAUGGUCAAAUUCAAGCUACUACUACCACAAAGAAGACCACUGCUGCUGCCGUCUCUCAAAUUGGUGACGGUCAAAUCCAAGCUACUACCAAGAUUACUGCCGCCGCUGCUUCUCAAAUCAAUGACGGUCAGGUCCAAGCAACCAACAGUGCUGCUGCCUCUCAAGAAAAUGACAGUGAAACUGCUUCUACAGACUCAGAUGAUCCAGUUACUGCUGUUUCCUGCAAGACUUCAGACACAUUAGCCAUGUCUUUAGACGGAAGUAUCUUAACUGAUGCCAAGGGCAGAAUCGGUUCUAUCGUUGCCAACAGACAAUUCCAAUUCGAUGGUCCACCACCACAAGCCGGUGCCAUCUACGCUGCUGGUUGGUCUAUCACCCCAGAAGGUAACUUAGCUAUUGGUGACAACGACGUCUUCUAUCAAUGUCUAUCCGGUACCUUCUACAACUUAUAUGAUGAAAGUAUUGGUGCUCAAUGUUCUCCAGUCCAUUUAGAAGUCAUCGACCUAAUCGACUGUUAA